AUGGACUCAGACUACGACUCCCAGCACGCCACGGGGCGCCGCCAGGAAGACUCCAGCUCCCGGCGUGCCGUCCUCUGGAACCCCGCGCCCCAGAAUGCAACGCGCCCCGUCCUCCGCCCGGGCGGCGGGACUACAGUUCCCGGCAUGCAGCGUCGCCUCCGGUGCCUGGCGGUCCGCUGGACCCUGCUCCGGAGGGGCCUCUUGGAGGAGCGGCUGGCGGUGCUCACGUCGCAGGCCGCGCCGGGGGAUGAGUCUGCGGAGCGCUUCUGGCCCCCCGGGCCCGUGCGGGCGGCGCCCCCGGGCCCCGCGCCCCGGCCGGGUCCGCCCUCCGCGCAGGCGGCGCCGGGGACAGCCCCCGCGGGGUCCUCCUGGGGCCUCCCGGCCUUUGAACGACUGUGGCGGGCGGGCGCGCCGCCCCCCGCCGCCGGCCGAGUGCGGGCCGCCAUCGCCAUGGCCGCGGCUGCCGGCCGCCCGCGCGACCUGCUGUGGCGCGUCUUGGGCUGGAGGGUCGUCUCAAGUAUUGUCUGGUCAGUGCUGCUACUGCCCGUCUCCACCGUCUUAUACGUAGUACUCAGCAGCAUUGAUUUAUGGCACCCGAUACAGUGGCUGUCAGAUUCUUUCAGCGACCUUUAUAGCUCCUAUGUAAUCUUUUACCUCUUGCUGCUGUCGGUGGUAGUAGUAGUGAUAAGUAUUUUCAAUGUGGAGUUCUAUACAGUUGCGCCUUGCAUUCCCUGCACCCGGCUGGCCCUGAUGGGGAAGAUCAUCCACCCCCAGCAGCUCCUGCACUCCUUCGUGCACGGCUCCAUGGGCAUGAUGAUGGCCUGGUGUGCGGCGGUGAUGGCCCGCAGCCGCUACAGUUUCCUUGUGGUCCCCUGCCCCGGAACUGAGAGCCCUGAUGCCCCAAACUGCUUAAACGAGAACCACCUUUUCUUCCUGCUGGCUGGCGCCUUUAUAGGCUACAGCUACAGCCUCCUGUACUUCAUCAACAACAUGAACUACCUUCCGUUUCCCAUCGUACAGCAAUACAAGUUCUUACGCUUCAGGAGAUCUCUGCCUGUGCUCGUUAAACAUAGCUGUAUGGAAUCGCUGUUCCUGAUUAGAAAUUUCUGUGUUAUAUAUUAUUUCCUUGGCCAUAUGCCUAAAACUUGGAUUAGCACCGCCAUGGACCUUCAGAUAGAUGAGCAGUUCCACAGGCCUCUGGACACGCUGAGCGGCCUCCUGGACCUCUCGCUGCUCUACCAUGUCUGGCUGUGCGGCGUCUUCGUCCUGAUGACCUGGCACACCUCGUGGCUGCUCUUCAAGAUCUUUGCCACAGAGGCUCAUCAGUUCCCCGUGCGGUCGCCCUUCGCAGGAGAGUCGGACGACUGUCUCGGGGAGGUUCUGAACAGCAGCUCCCCCCUCAUCCUAAAGUAUUUGGCCUUGCAGGACCUCAUGUUACUUUCUCAAUAUUCUCCUUCACGAAGACAAGAAGUUUUUAGCCUUAGCCAACCAGGUGGACAUCCCCACAACUGGACAGCUAUUUCAAGGGAGUGUUUAAAUCUUCUGAAUGAUAUGACUCAGAAACUGGUUCUCUACCAAGAAGCCGCUGCUACUAACGGGAGAGUGAUGUUGACGUCUUACUCGGCAGAACCUAAGAGAUCCGAUUCUGCAGAAGAAACUGCUUUUCAGACCCCCAAGGGGGACCAUGUACCUCGGUCUUCUGUGCCGUCCUUGGUGAAGACGCCCCUGUUUUCCUCAAAGUUAUCUACACCGGAGACCGUGAGUCCCCUGGGAGCCCCUUUUGGCUUUGGCGUGGUGAAUCGCAUGGCUGGGAUCUUCGAUGCCGACACCUGCUAUGCGUCGCCCCAGAGCCCACAGCUGACGAGGAGAGGGCCACGCUUGUGGACUUCGGCUUCUGAUCAGCAAAUGAAUGAAUUUUCUAAUCAUUCCCCGUCAGCCGCGGUUAGGGCCGAGCGGAAGACCGUGAGCCGGCCCAGCGCGACUCACUUAUGGAUCGAGAGCAAACGUGAGCAGAUCAAGAAUUUCUUGUCGAGGCGGGUGCUGAUAAUGUAUUUUUUCAGCAAGCACCCAGAGGCCUCCAUUCAGGCAGUUUUCGCAGAUGCCCAAAUGCAUAUCUGGGCAUUAGAAGGUCUGUCUCACUUGGUGGCAGCGUCCUUCACAGAAGAUCGGUUCGGAGUCGUCCAGACCACACUCCCUGCUAUCCUGAACACGCUGUUGACACUGCAGGAGGCGGUUGACAAGUACUUCAAGCUUCCUCAUGCUUCCAGCAAACCACCGAGGACCUCAGAAAGCCUUGUGGACACUUCGUAUAAAACGUUAAGAUUCGCAUUUCGGGCAUCGCUGAAAACGGCCAUCUAUCGCAUAACUACUACGUUUGGAGACCAUCUGAAUGCCGUGCAAGCAUCUGCAGAACAUCAGAAAAGACUUCAACAGUUCUUGGAGUUCAAAGAAUAGUGAAGUAAUAGAAACUGUGUUCAUUACACUGCUGAUACAACUACAGAUGGGACAGUAAAUGUUCAGCAUUCUUGGAUCAGAAGAAAAUGGACUAAUUAGAUGCUUCCUUUGUCGUGGUGGUUGCUUUGAAAACUAUACUUUAAUGGGAGAAAUCAUGGAAAGAAAUUCUCUACAGAAUAUCCUAAAAUUGCCUUUUCUGUAUGGAUUGCUUUUGUGUGUGUGUGUGUGUGUGUGUGUGUGUGUGUGUGUGUAUGCGUGUGGUAUAAUAAAAUCUUUAUUCUAUUUUACAGAAGCAUCUGUGACAGUAGGAACGUUUCUAGUUUAUAAAGCUUAAUAACAGCUCAAACGUUUCUGGACUUUGCUUUUGAAAGGAGGAGAGCCAUUUCAGAGGGUGAAGUGGGUCCACUUGAUCCAAUCUUCCUCAUGUUUUGAGAGCUCAGCUCUCUGCAAACUCGAAACAUAAACUUUUAAAGAAUAGUUUCUGUUUACUGAAGGAUAAAAAUGGCAACAGUGGAGAAAAUUUCGCAGAAAAAAUAUUGUCUAGAGGACAUAUUUUGUUAAUCUGUUAGGUUGUGUUUUUGUUUCCAGGGACAAAUUAAAUUUGCAUGAUUGUCAAAAAAAAGUCUCAAUUUACAGAUGCUAACUCUAUAUAAAGGAAUGUGGAAAAAUUUGGUUCUUAAGUUACAAGAUUAAACAUUCACAUUUGGUUUUUGAAAGACA